AUGGUCACAAGGGGCUUCUGGUCCGCUCGUGUGCCCAGGGCUGGUCGUACGACUUGCCCUUUCAACGCCGGCACCAUUGCUUCUCCUCGCCAGUCCCCUACAUCUCUCCUCCACCACCGAUCGGUGUCGUCCCGUUCUAGAGCAGAUCUCGAAGGUCAACCAUCCACCGUGCCGCCUUCAACGGAGAACGAAAGGGGCGAAAGCUGUCGGCGACCAUCGUAUUCCUCGGGCACAGAAUCUGACGAUUUCUCCCUCUGGAGCGACACUGGAGAUCUCGCAGAGCAGCUUACCAACGACGAGGAUCCGUAUCGGAUCGAGCUCGAUCCUCUGACUAGAGAGGGUCAACGGCUUAAACGGCCCGGUCACGGUGGAGGACGGAAGAAGAGAGUCGGUUUUCGAGAAAACGAUCACAGUGAGAGGGGCAAGGACUCUCUAAGUAUAGAUAAAGAGGCCAUCUUCAUUCCGGAGCCUCCACCGAGGCAAAUCUCCAAAUCACAAAAGAUAUUGGCUCUCAUCAUGGCUCCUGGCGAUGCCCAGACGGCCCGGGCUAAGGGGCUUGUGGGGAAACCUUUAUUGUAUUUUACUAGUGUUUUUGUAUCUCUAGGGGUGUUUCUCUUUGGAUAUGAUCAGGGCGUUAUGUCUGGCAUUAUUACUGGCCCAUUUUUCCGAGAUUACUUCAAUCAGCCGGGCUCGGCCGAGGUCGGGACUAUGGUCGCCAUUCUUGAAAUAGGUGCCCUCAUUGCGUCCUUAUGUGUUGGACGGAUCGGUGAUAUCAUUGGACGUCGCCGGACAAUCUUGUAUGGUUCAAUGGUGUUCUUCAUCGGCGGCAUGUGCCAAACCUGUGCAAAUGGAAUGCCCAUGAUGAUGGUGGGAAGGUUAAUUGCUGGAUUUGGGGUUGGAGCCCUUUCAACUAUCGUGCCGGUCUAUCAAUCCGAAAUCAGCCCACCUCAUAACAGAGGCAAGUUGGCCUGUAUAGAGUUCACGGGCAAUAUCACCGGGUAUGCGGCCAGUGUGUGGGUGGAUUACUUCUGUAGUUAUAUCGAGAACGACUUUUCUUGGCGGGUACCUCUGUUGAUGCAGUGCAUUAUGGGAGCGCUCCUUGGAUUUGGCAGCUUGAUCAUCUGUGAAUCCCCUAGAUGGCUCCUGGACAACGACCAUGAUGAAGAGGGAAUCAUUGUCAUCGCAAACCUGUACGGAAAAGGAGACAUUCACAACCCAAAGGCACGCCAGGAAUAUCGGGAAAUCAAAAUGAAUGUGCUCGUGCAACGCCAGGAAGGAGAACGAUCAUACACCGACAUGUUCAAACGAUACUACAAGCGCGUUUUUAUUGCCAUGUCGGCCCAAGCAUUCGCCCAAUUGAACGGAAUCAAUGUGAUCUCAUAUUACGCCCCGCUUGUUUUCGAAUCAGCAAGAUGGGUAGGACGGGAUGCCAUUCUCAUGACCGGGAUCAACGCAAUCUCCUAUUUGGCCUCGACCAUCCCCCCUUGGUAUCUCGUGGAUCGAUGGGGGAGACGGCCGAUUCUACUUUCGGGAGCCGUGGCCAUGAUCAUUUCACUGUCACUCAUUUCUUACUUCAUCUUCAUUGAUGUACGGUGGACACCCGCCUUGGUGGUCAUCUUUGUUAUGAUUUACAACGCUGCAUUCGGCGCAAGCUGGGGACCAAUCCCCUGGUUGUAUCCUCCUGAGAUUCUGCCCUUGAGCAUCCGAGCCAAAGGCGCCAGUUUGAGCACGGCUAGCAAUUGGGCCUUCAACUUUGUGGUGGGUGAACUCACCCCUGUACUUCAAGGAGCAAUCAAAUGGAGGCUGUAUCUUGUGCAUGCUUUCUUUUGUGCCGUCAGUUUCGUGCUUGUAUAUUUUGUGUAUCCAGAGACUGCCAAUGUUCGGCUUGAAGAUAUGAACUCGCUAUUUGGGGAUGCAACAACGGCGAUGCCAACACCAUCUACCCAAGCGGAACGAGGGUCCCUCAUGGGCGCGGGAUCACCCACCUCCAUCGAUAUCAGGGCAGGAACUCCCCAACACGGCGCCUUCUCGGCCAAUGACGCGAUUCCUGGCCUUGACAUUGAUCCUCCGGAUGUUCAACUCGACGCAGACGGAAAGCCUCGAGGACGAAGCAACAACAACAAUGAUGGACUCGGAAGUUGGAUUGGGCGAAUGGUUUCCAGGUCACGACAAGACAGCAGUUCUCGGGGUCAAUAUGGCAAAAUUGGACAAGACGAAGAAUAA